GCCCGUGGGCGCCGCGUGGUGGACGCCGAGCAGAUCCGGUGUGGGUUGCGUUGCUGACGGUGCUGACUCUUUCCGUGCUGCUGGUGCCACUCGUUUCAACGUGGAACAUGAGUUCACUAGUAGGAUCAAUAUCCAGAGGAAGAGGAGAUGGUGAAGAGUCUUCCAGUCCGGUUGAGCCUGUGUUUGCCCAGAAGCCCAGCGAUGAACAAUCUCAACAAGCGGAACCACCAACUGAGAGUCAGGCUAAUGAACCUGGACAAGAGAGAAAAGGAAGAGAAGCAACUGCAGUUAAAGGGGAAAAGGAACCUGAAUUGGAAGGUGAUCGCCAGGAAGUGGGUCUGAAAAAGACUGGGGAUGAGCGUGGAGAUGGCCCUGAUGUGAAAGGGAAGGCUCCACCUGAUCUGGAGUGUACUGAAGUUCUUGAAGAAGACAAUGGGCAGCCAUAAGUUAAAAAGAAGACGAGCUGAAGCCACACAUGCAGUUGCUAUAUGGAAAAUUUGACUUGUUAAAUUCUCUCAAUAAAGAUUUACAGUUUUCAUUGAAGAA